AAGGCGGGGUAAGUUUGGUGGGAAACGCUGUAAUUUCCUUUUUUACUUUCAAGACACUAGUGCAGAAUCCAGAAUGGAUGUCCUCUUUGUAGCCAUCCUUGCUGUGCCACUCAUCCUGGGACAAGAAUAUGAGGAUGAAGAAGGACUGGAAGAGGAUGACUAUUAUCAGGUGGUCUAUUAUUACACAGUCACCCCCAACUAUGAUGACUUUGGUGCAAACUUCACUGUUGAUUACUCUAUGUUUGAGUCAGAGAACAGGCUGAACAAGUGGGAUAAGGAGGUAAUGGAAGCGGUAGAGACUACCAUUAGUCGUGAAACAGACCCUGCAGACCAUCAGAAGCCUGUAACAGAGAAACCAGUGACAAUGGAACCACAGAGUCCAGAUCUGAACAAUGCUGUAUCCAGUCUGCAGAGUCCUGGUGCACUCCUCCUGUCCUGGGCCCUCGUUCAGGGGGGGAUGUAUUUCAUGUAGAAGGAGAGGGAACGCUGCUACGACUCAUUGGAUGGGGAUUUGGGAAGAGGAGAGUGGAAGAUUAAAUAAAUAAAUGAAGUAAUCUGGUUACUCUCUACUCCUUUAUGAGGUUCAGUUCUAAAGCUGCAACACUGAAGAGAGCACCAGGAUAUAGGUGUGUGAAGGGUAGAUUAGAAAGGGAGUUAGGCGACAGUAGAGUUAGAGGGAAUUAUUAGGGCUGUGAAAAAAUAAACCCUGAAAUUUUGGGAAGAAUGGAGAAAAACACCCACAAACAACAGGUUUAUUCACAGCCUAUAAUUCCCUCUAAUUCUACUGUUUUGCUUUAUCAUAUAUGGUGUUGAGACAGUAUAUCUGGAGAAAGAAAGUUGAACCCUUUUUAUAAAAUAAGCACAUUGUUAAACAUACGUAAAAUAUCAAAAACUACUUAGAAUAGAUUUUUAAAAUUCACACCCUCCUCCCCGUAUCUCCCCCCUCCAGCCCCUAACUAUGUACCUUUUCAGUUAGUAAUUAAGGCAUUCGAGGACAAACUGUUUUUUUCUUUUUAUAAAUUUAUUUAUUUAUUUUUGGCUGCUUUGGGUCUUUGUUGCUGCAGGCUUUCUCUAGUUGCGGCGAGCGGGUGCUAUUCUUGGUUGCGGUGCGCGGGCUUCUCAUAGCGGUGGCUUCUCUUGCUGUGGUGCACGGGCUCUAGAGUGGGCUUCAGUAGUUGUGGCUUGCGGGCUCUAGAGUGCAGGCUCAAUAGUUGAGGUACAUGGGCUUAGUUGCUCCGCAGCACGUGGGAUCUUCCUCGACCAGGGCUCGAACCUGUGUCCCCUGCAUCGGCAGUUGGAUUCUUAACCACUGCGUCACCAGGGAAGCCCAGGGACAAACUUUAAAAAGAAAAAAAAUUUUUUCCUUUUAUCCUUCGACCCUAAAAAGAACUGGGCUGCCCCCUUGCGGCCUCUUCGAUGUUAUAGCUUCAAUCAGCCCACAAUCCCUGGGUCCUGUCCCCUUCUCUCCACUGUGCUCUCAAUACUGCAAGGGGGAGUUCCCCGGUGGCUUAAUGGUUAGCACUCCGGGCUUUCGCUGCGGUCACCCGGAUUCAAUUCCUCGUUGGGGAACUAAGAUCCCGCAAGCCUCCUGGCACAGCAAAAGAAAGCAAACAAACAAAACAAAACAAAGCACUGCAAGGGCCAGUGAAUAGUAAACUCCGGACUUGCCACCCUCCGUCCUUCAAAUCUUCUCCAGAGGACAAAUGAAGAAACUGAAUCUGGACAAGUACAUAAUCUAGGAGAUCAGAGACCUACCCACUCUCCUUUUCUUGUGCUAAGAAACACAGAACUAAGGGCGCAGGGCCCGGGGAACCGGGGUAGAAAAGUCAGGAGCAACCCGGCGGGGCUUUGACCUCUGGAGUCGUGGCGGGCUGGCAUCUGAGCUGGUAACGUGCGUGGCGGGUUACAUAAGGAAAGGGCUGGUGGAGCCGCCCCAGCGGGAGCCGGGGAAAGGACGCGGUGUUCUCGGCAGCAAUCCCCACCCUCCUCACCCAGCAGGGCAGGAGGCACCCAACUUGUAGGAGAAGGAGGAGGAGGGGAGGGUGAAACAGAGACCGGGAAGUCACGAGAGCUGGGCCGCCGAGAGGGGGAGAGUAUACAUAGUGGCACACAUCCAUUGUCUCACACACGUUGCAGACGCAAGUCGCUGAUCGUUUCCACGUGCUGCACUCGUGAGCGGAGGCGCUGAAAGAGGGGGCAGAGGGGUCGGUUCUCAAGGAAGAGCCAAGAGUCCCACAUCUCAAGGCGCACUCCUUAGGUCACACAACCAGUCUGCACACUCCAGCUGCGCGGCUCCGGCACACCACCAUCCUAUUUAAAGCCACAGGCUCCGCCCUUUUCCUCCCCUCCCUUCUUUUCCACUCUUUUUCCAUCCUCCUCCUUCUCUCAUCACCGGGUCCUCCUCGCUAGCCGCAUGUAGGGGCGGAGCACGGAAUGCUUACCUUCCAACCAAUCGUCACCUGACUGCCUCUUUAUUGGCCGAGCCCCUGUACGCUGUAGCAAAUGGAAUGUGAACUUCAGUAACGAGAGUCACGUGCCACCGGCUAGACAACCAAUGAGGGUGCGAGGUCUGUGUACGCCGGGGG